CAAAACGUUGCUUGCGUGUUUGUUUGGAUCACGUGAGUGUGAUUUAUUUGCACAUGGCCAUAGCUUUGAACCUGUGAUAAUGACAGAACUUUUAACAUAAAAAAUCUGCGAAAGCACGGAAGCUGCUUAAAGCAGAAAGCCGCUUUAGCGUCUGCGAGUAACUAGCAACUCCAUGAACUACCAAGGAAAUCACCAGAAUAUGUCUACAUUGCAUGGCAGUUUCGAAGCAACAGUUGAACAAUACCCAUCGAGGACUGCUGUGGUGUACGAUGAUGGACGCAAGAAGUCUCUUCAGACGUAUUCGGAGUUGUCGCGGCACUCAGAAGAGCUCUCUGCGUUAAUCAACAGGCACGGCAUUACACGCGCCACCGUAGCGUGUCUGUGUGAUACUACAGCCAACGCUGUGAAUCUUGUUCUAGGGGUACUCAAGGCUUCCUGUGCAUUUGCUUUCCUGAGGUCCGAGUGUCCUGAAAAGUACAUUAAAGCACUUGUGGAUACGUCAACUCCAGUUUAUUUAGUUGCAGAGAAGUCGCUGUAUGGUAAGUGCAGCCUUGCAACGAUCGAUGAGUGGUCUGUGCUUGGUGCUUUAUGGGACAGCAAAUUUAUAUUUGCAAGCUAUGUUGGCAAUGCAAGAAUGCAUAUUGAAGAGCCAACAUUGCUCGAGCCGCAAAUGGCUUACACCAUGUUCACAUCAGGAACAACUGGUGAACCAAAGGUUGUCAGGGUUCCACAUGAAUGUGCCCUGAUGAAUGUCCAACACUUACGGUCCAUCUUCAACAUCUCCAAAGAAGACAUAAUAUUUCAGGCAGCACCCAUGACAUUUGAUCCUUGCGUCAUAGAGAUCUUUCUGGCUCUUACAACUGGUGCCCAGCUGGUUUUGACAUCCGAGGCUGUCAAACGUAUCCCUCGAGCUCUUACGCAAUUGCUCAUUGACAACUCCGUAUCAGUUAUUCAGGCAACACCGAGUUUUGUUCGCAGCCUUAGUGCUGAUCGCAUCAGGAGCUCGCUGCUUACUGAAGCUUCAUGCUUGCGUGUCUUGGCCCUUGGAGGUGAAGAGUGCCCUUCUGGAGCCUGCAUAAAUUCCUGGAAACAGCCAGGAAACAGAACGGAAAUCUACAACAUCUAUGGAAUCACGGAGGUGUCGUGCUGGGCAGCAUGCUAUAGGAUUAGUCCUACCGAUACAGGAGUUAUACCAUUGGGAGAACCACUGGAUGGUACUGUACUAGAAGUGAGAGAUGAUUCUGGAACAGUCGUGGAAGAAGGAGAGGGCACACUUUUUGUUGGUGGAUCUACACGGCGUUGCCUGGUUGGAAAUGAAAAGUGGAAACAUCUGGAUGCCUGCCACAUGCGCAGUUCUGGUGACACUGUCAGGAAAUCCUCUGAUGGAUUAAUUUUCUUAGGAAGGAAGGAUUCCAUCUUUAAGUAUCAUGGCAAGAAGAUCAACCCUGCAUACCUUGCGAGACAGCUUCUGGAAAUGGAAACAAUACAAAGUUGCCACACUUACUUCUCCAAAACAGAACGGACGCUGUAUUUCUUUGUGAUUUUGCACCCUACUUGCAUUGCUGAAGCUGUGGCUACUCAAUCGAUACAAAGCCUUCAACAGGAGUGCCAGUGUCCCUUCCAGGUUGAAGUCGUUCCCAGAUGGCCGCUCACUAGCCAUGGAAAAAUAGAUGUUGAAGCUCUUGUGGCUCACCAGAAGAAGCGAAGACUGCAAGGUUCCUUCCCAGAUCUUCGUAGGGUAUUGGCCAGACUUUGGAAUGCUUCAACAAUAAGAAACGGUGGCACAGUUGUUUCUGCAGAUUCAGAGUUCGUUGCUGCUGGUGGGAACUCGCUGGGCGCUGUGAGCAUUUCACAAGAACUGGAGUUUGCUUUAGGCAUCCCUCUGCCACUUCUUGUGGACAAGAUUCUGCAUGAGAAGUUUUCAGAUGUUGAAGGAUAUUUGGCCACCAUGACAGAAAGCCGUGCGCAAUCAGCAUGCCCCGCUCCUGCAAAACGAGCAAGACAACUACACGUACCUGCAUGGAGCGCUUUGUCUGAACCAACACGUGUGAAGCGUUCGUCCUGUUUUACAUGCAUAACAAGAUUUGAGACUUGGCAACAUUGUUGCUGUGCUGAAAGCUGCCAAAAACCGAAGAGGAUAGCUGGCCGCAAUACUGGGAGGCCAACUGUCUCUGAAAGAUGGAAAUACAGCCUGGAGAAAUGCAUUGAUGCAUCUCCUCUUGUCGUCAGCUACAAAAGGGGGGACACGGUUGUGUUCAUAGGAUCACAUGCAGGCCGCUUUUGUGCCUUGAAUGAAAAGUCUGGGGAUUGCUUCUGGGAGAUAUCGGUUGCUGACAGGAUAGAGUCUUCAGCCACUCUUUCCACUUGUGGCAAAUAUGUUGCGUUUGGUUGCUAUGAUCACCACAUUUACUGUGCUGAUGUUGUGGAUGGAAGUGUCAAGUGGGCGUUGAACACUGGUGCAGAAGUCAAGAGCUCACCCACCACAAACAGGAUCAACUGCUCAUUCCUUUGUGGGUCUCAUGAUAAAUGUCUCUACUGCAUCAAUCAGAAUACUGGAAGCCUCCUUUGGAAGCAGCGCCUGUCGGAAGGAAGCAUCUUUGCAUCCCCGGCUGUUUCAUAUGAGCCAUACCAAAUAUACGGAGCCACUCUCGAUGGACUGGUUGCAGCUUUAUCUCCUGAACAUGGAGCUGUGGUAUGGACCUGCAAACUGGACAAGCCUAUCUUCUCCUCACCUGCUGUUUGUGACAGUGGAGUGGGCAUUUGCUGUGUUGACGGCAAGAUUUCCUUCCUUGAUCAUUCAAAUGGCUGCAAACUGUGGACGGCAGAAACUGGUGGUCCAAUAUUCUCAACACUUUCAGUGUCCACUGGUGAUGCAGGCCCAUCUCUAAUUGUUGGCUGCCAUGAUAACCAUGUCUACAAACUUUCUAGUAAUGACGGGAGUGUGAUUUGGAAGACUCUUCUCAAUGCACCUGUUUAUUCAACAUUAUUUUGUUUCAAUAACGAGAAGACUUAUGUUGGUGCAAGCACGCAAGGAAAUUUGUGUAUAAUUGACAGUCACCGUGGAGAAGUACUCAGCUCAUACCAUUUCGACAAUGAAGUCUUCUCAUCACCAGUUGUGCUUGAAGACCACAUUAUUGUUGGCUGCAGGGACAAUUAUGUGUACUGCCUUCAUUUUGAAAGUAAAUAUUUGAGCUGACAGAGAGAU